CACUGACGGUUGUGUUUUCUAUUUAUUUAUUUACAACGAAAAAUCUGAUAAAAUUCUUGAAGCUGAGUGGAGGGAGCUCAGAGAAUGGAUUGUUUAAUAUCACGGCAAGAGUGCGUAGUGAACACUGCAGUUGUGUGACUAUUUGUUUGAUGAAGUGCCGUGUCGAGCCGCUUCGCUUUCAUCAAAACAAAUUUCUAUUUCGCUGCAGUAAAAUAUUUUCUCUUGUUUGUUUCUGUUUGUAAAAUACUACGUCAACAUGGAGCGGAGAUUCGUUAAUGUAAUUCUUCUUGGAUUUGGCUUCAUGUUUGUUUUCACAGCAUUUCAAACUAUGGGAAAUAUAGAGAAAACGAUCCUGGACAGCAUCAAGCAGGAUGACACGAGCUUCACGGGCGACGGGUACACGUCACUCGCCAUCAUAUACGCGACCCUUGCCAUCUGCAACUGGAUGGCUCCUUCCAUCAUCACCAUCACGGGCCCCCGGGGCGCUAUGCUCAUUGGCGCCGCUACUUAUUUGUUCUUCAUAGUGUCGUUCCUGUUCCCGCGCACGUGGCUGCUGUACGCGGCGAGCGUGCUCAUCGGCGCAGGCGCAGCGGCGAUAUGGACCGGCCAGGGCAAUUACCUCACGCUCAACAGCGACGCUGAUACCAUCUCGAGGAACUCUGGUGUCUUCUGGGCCAUGCUGCAGUGCAGCAUGUUCUUCGGCAACCUGUUCGUGUUCAUCAAGUUCCAAGGCAAGACGCACAUCGACGGGGAAACUCGCAACGUGGUGUUUGGCGCGCUGACUGCCGUGUGCGCCGUCGGCAUCGUGUUCCUUCUACUGCUGCGCCCUAUCAGGAGAGUGCCAGCCCUUGACGAUGCUAAGGUGGAAAUGGUUAACCAUGAGUCGGAGGGCCCGAUGGACGCAUUCAAAGGUGCCAUCAGGUUGUUCUGCACCAGAGACAUGCUGCUACUUAGCGUCACAUUCAUUUAUACCGGUGUGGAGCUGUCGUUCUUCAGCGGCGUAUACAGUUCGGCCAUCGGGUUCACGCUGGCGAUGGGCGAGAACGCCAAGCAGCUCGUCGGACUGUCCGGCGUCUUCAUUGGAGUCGGAGAGGUCCUUGGCGGAGCGUUGUUCGGUAUCCUGGGUUCGAAGACCACCCGCUGGGGGCGCGACCCCAUCGUGAUCAUGGGGUACCUCAUCCACCUCGUCAGUUUCUUCCUCAUCUUCAUCAACCUGCCUGCGGAAGCCCCCUUCGGCGAUACUAAGGAGAUCUCGUACAUCAACCCGUCGCCGUAUCUCGCGAUGUUCUGUAGUUUCCUACUCGGCUUCGGUGAUGCGUGCUUCAAUACUCAGAUUUACUCCAUACUCGGUGGCAACUACUCUGACAACAGUACCUCCGCGUUCGCGCUGUUCAAGUUUACGCAGUCGUUGGCAGCAGCGGCGUGUUUCUUCUACUCGUCGCAGGCGCUGCUAACGGUGCAGCUGGUGGUGCUGGCGGUGCUGGCGUCGCUGGGCACGGCGUCGUUCGUGCGCGUGGAGUGGGCCGCCAAGGCGCGCGCCCGCGCCGCCGCGCUUGAGGCCAUCGAUGACAAACCACUGCCCAGCGGGAACGCGCUGCACUACGAUUGAGGAACGACAUUUGUAUGUCAAGUGCGUUUUUCGAAGUGGUUGUUUGUAAACGAAGUUUGGAGCCCGCAUGUCGCGCGACGCGAUUCAUAUAAUUGUAUGGGUUCGUAUGUCGCGUUGCGCGCGAUGCGGGUUUUAUGUUACGGCUACAGGUGCUGUUAGAGGCUUAGCGCUAGUUACGUGGUGAUUGUAGACGAGAAAUCCAUAUAAUUAUCAAAACAACAGCCCCCUCGGCACAGUAACCGCGCCGCGGUACGGUCGCCGUGCCGCGGGGACUGGAAUUUGCAAUGUAAUACGCGCUAAGUCUCACAGACUAUCUGCUAUAAUAAGAAUAACAGUUAAGAUUCGCCCUAAUAAUAUGAAAUAAUACUUUGUUGAGGACUUAAUGUUGUUGUAUAGAUUGUUUUAUAAUAGUUCAAGUGGCUUAUUAUUGAAGUAAUCGCUUAUAAGCUUGACAUAAACUAAUAUAAUGUAAAUAAUGUUGCGGUCUGACGAUAGCUAUAGAACUGGAUACACUUUUUUGACGUGACUUUUGUAGACACUACCUGGCCAGACAAGUACACACAUUCCUACAACUACAUUUACAUUGCAUUUUAGUUUUAUGUUGUUCAGAUCGAAUAUAUAUACAGGGUCUCGAAUAUUUUGUUCCGCAACUCAACCAAUUCUCUAGUAAUUUCAAUUUGAUCAACGCUUUAUCACUUUUGGUUCAAAUAGAAUACUUCUCAUCAGAAAUCAAAACAAACCAAAUUUUUGAUCAACAAGGUUGAAUUAAAAUUUGAAUUUGGAAUAACACCACACAUUUAUUUUUUAUUCCUAAUAAUAUUUUUUAUAUUUUUCUGGCAAUCCUUACAAAACAUAACUUGUGAGCAUAGAGCAACAUGGACCUCCUUCUUGAUGAGAAGUAUAUUAUGUGACUUUUAUGUUUAUAAAUAGCCAUAAUGGUUUCACUUUAUAAUAUUAUUAUUGUAAAAGAAAGUUAAAAGUAUUAAAUUAGGCAAAUUUUUAUUUUAUGUAAAUAAAGUUCACUAGAGUGAAUACCAAAAAUACUUAAAUGAGAUAUAAUAUUUAUAAAAUGUAUUUUUACUAGAGUAGCCGAGCCGAAUGGUAAUCAAUUGAAAGGUGCUGUAAGAUAGUGGUGGAGAUUGUAAAAAAUAUAUUUUUGUAAAUAAAAAUGUGUAUAAAAUAUUCCUAAAACAGUAGUUUGGACUUUGUCUAGUCACAGCUACUUAGAUUUGGGAUUGAUUUUUGUAGAGAAAUCAUAAAAUCAAUUAUAAAUGUAAUGUUAAGAUUAUAUUCAAAAUACAUUCCAUGAAUUUAAAUAAAAAAUGAAUUAGUAUUGACUAUGCAAUGCAGGCCUAACAUAGACUAUGCAGACUGGUACAUUUAUAGUUACUACAUGAAGAAACUUGCAUCUUUUGUUAUUGCAGUAAAACUGAUAACAUUUGUUUCAGUUGAGUAUUGAAGAUUGUUAUGUUCUGCUUGAUUUUAUUUGUAACACUUAAGUUUGUACAUCCUGCUUUUAAAACUGUAUAAUUUUCUAUCCAAAAUCUAGUCAAGAUUAAUUACUUCUUCAUGAAACUAAUGCUUUUAAUAAACCAGGUUUAUCAUAGUAUUGAAAAAACUUUA